GAAGUAUCGCUUUCAGGGAUCACCUAAAAGUAGGCCAUGACAUCUCUCAGUUUUUUCUCUGGCACAGCUUUGCAUCACCAGCAGAGAAUUGUCAUCUGUCAUUGGAGUCAAACUGUUAUCGUAAAUGGAUGGGAAAACAACUUCUAAUUCUUCCGGCUAUCGCCGCGCGAACUUGAAAAUUGCACCUGGCGCAGUAGUAUGCGAAGAAAGUAUUCUGAAAGGAGAUAUUUCCAUCGGUGCAAAAACUAUAAUCCAUCCCAGAGCAUGCAUUCUGGCAGAGGCUGGUCCAAUUAUCAUAGGAGAAGGUAAUAUAAUCGAAGAAAUGGCAACUAUAGCCAACAGAUCACCUCCUGAUGUUCCGGAAUCCGCAACAGUACCAGUACAGAUAAUAGGAAAUUAUAAUGUUUUUGAAACUGAUUGUAUGUGUGAAUCAUUUAAAGUUGGAGAUAACAAUAUUUUGGAAGCAAAAGCUCAUGUUGGUCGAGAAAUUGAAUUAACCAAUGGAUGCGUAAUUGGGGCUGCAUGUUCUUUGACUGAACGAGAAAUUGUACCCGAAAAUAUGAUAGUAUAUGGAAGUCAGAAUCAACGAAGGGAAAUGAAUGACAAGCCAUAUCCUCAGAUUGGACAGUUGGAUUUUCUGCUAAAAGUGCUCCCAAACUAUCAUCAUUUUCGCAAAUCGAACAUGAAGCCAAAGCUUGGGGCUAAUAAUAUGUAAUAUUCAAUUUUUUAUAAUCAUAAAACGAGAGAAAGCGAGAGUAUAA